AUGAUGUUGACCUGGGAAUUGUCCCUGGUUCUACUAGUGUUUCUUCUCAUUCUGCGGUUCCUGAAACAGCUCUGGACAUGCAGACACUUACCACCCGGUCCUCUUCCACUUCCCCUCAUUGGAAGCAUGUGGCGAACUGGUUUCAAGCUCUGUGAAGAUUCUCUCAGUGAGCUGGCUAAGCAAUAUGGAAACAUUUACACGGUAUGGAUAGGACAUCAUCCUGUAGUGAUACUGUCUGGAUACCAAACCGUAAAAGAAGGUCUGAUCAAAUAUUCAGAAGAAUUCUCUGGACGACUAGUGAUCAAUUUCUUUAAAAUGGCAUUAAAAAGACGGGGUCUUGUGCUUUCAAACGGUCGCACCUGGAAGCAGCACAGACGGUUCAGUGUAGUGACAAUGCGAAAGCUGGGACUGGGGAAGAAGGGCAUGGAGCGCCAAAUAGAAGAGGAGGCCCAUUGGCUUGUGGAGACCUUUGCACGUGCAAACGGCCAGCCACUGGACCCUCUUUUACCCAUCACUAAUGCCGUCUCCACCAUGAUCUGCAUGCUGUCUUUCGGAUACCGAUUUUCUCUUGAAGAUGAAAAGUUCCAGAAACUGAUAGAUGCCGUUGAUUAUGUCCUAAAAUUUGGAGGCAGCCCCUUUCAUGCUCUGCUUGAACUGUUCCCAUGGCUGAUGCUGCAUCUCCCAGGGCCUCACCAGAAGGCCUUGUCCUCCACGCAGCUGGUGCUGUCCUUUGCAAAGACGGAGAUAGAGAAGCAUAAGGAAUGUCUGACGAUACACGAGCCACAAGAUUUCACUGAUUUCUAUCUACUUCAAAUAGAGAAAAGCAAGGGUGACCCCACUUCUACCUAUAAUGAAGAGAACCUGUCUGAAUGCAUUUUUGACCUCUUUGUUGCUGGGACAGAAACAACCGCUACGGCACUGCAAUGGGCACUUCUUCUCAUGGUGGCUUAUCCAGAUAUCCAAGAUAAAGUCCACAAAGAGAUAGACGAUGUUUUAGGUUCCCCUCAUUCAAUCUGCUUUCAAGACCGGAAGAGGCUGCCCUACACCAAUGCUGUGAUUCAUGAGGUCCUGCGUGUAAAAUACGCCUUACCAAUCGGGAUCCCCAGACGAUCUGUGAAAGAUGUGAACAUGCAUGGGUUCAUCAUUCCCAAGAACACAAUUAUUGUUACAGAUCUGUGCUCUGUACUUCAUGAUCCCAAGCAAUGGGAAAACCCCAAAGAGUUCAACCCCCAAAACUUUUUGGACAAGGAUGGAAAUUUUAUGGCUAGAGAGGAAUUUCUCCCAUUUGGAGCAGGACAUCGGGUUUGUCUCGGGGAGCAGAUGGCGAAAAUGGAGCUCUUCUUUUUCUUUACCAAACUGCUGAGAGCAUUCAGGCUCCAGCUGCCAGAAGGAGUGACCGAAAAAGAACUCAAAAUAGAACCGGUCAUGGGGCUGUCGUUCCAUCCCUAUCCUUUCAAACUCUGUGCUGUUCCCCGCUGUGGUACCUCAUCAAGCACCUGA